ACCCAAUUAAAGCCCUUUUUCGGAUUCAGAGAUCAAAUUUUAUGUCUACUAAAUACGUGUACGUACGUACGUACAUGUAGGUCCUAGAACAGAUUUGAAAAUCGAAAGAAGCAGCUGUAAAAUGGAUGUCAUUAAUCAAUUUGAGAAACUCAAGCAAGAAAAUUUUGAAGCAGCUGUUAAAGGCCUCUUACAAGAUGUGUCAGCAGUAAAUUCUCUGAGGAACUGUCUCCGUUCUCAAGUUAAAUUGGAGAAUAUCACACUGUUUGAAUGGCUCUUCAAUUGCAUUCAACUUAGAGAAAAGAGUAGCGAUUUGUUUCGCUUUAUACUGCAAUUCUUACCUGAUCUGCUCCUUGUCUAUCUUCAUGCUGUCUAUGAGAGCAACGUCAAGCUGAAGGCAAUGUCUGAGACACCUUUGCUGGGACUCCUCAUGGAGAUUGAGAAAAAUAAGCCACCACUCAUCCAGGUGCCCACUCUGGCUAAGCCUUCCAUGUAUCACAAGGCUACUGUGCAGCCUCCUCAGUCUGGUUUGACUGAGGCUAACCUUUUGAGACAUAAUCAGGCGGACUAUGCUCCUACAAGACCUACCUUUGCUAACAAAAUCAUUACCGUCAACAACAGAUUACUUUUCUUGUCGACUGUGAUGAAUGUAUUUGCUGACCAUAUCACUACCUUGUGUCACGAGUCAAGAGUAGCCUUCUGUGAGGCUUGCGUAAUAAUCGGUAUGCAGGGAAUGGGCACGGUUUUCUUGAGCGAAUUGAAUGGAAUUUCUGCCAAUUUGAGUCUAGAAGAACUUUACUCAUUGAGGAGAUAUUCUGUCAGCGACUCACUAAUAACCAGUCUGUUGAGGGGAUUAAGAAUGUGUCUAUUCCAAAGCUGCCACCCUGUUGCAAUGGAUGCACUCCGUGUCUUAAAACUACGAGCUGAAUAUGAAUUGCUCACUGUCGCAAUACAGACAAGCCAUGCUUUGUCUAGACUUGCUGAAGGUGUGAAGUCGAUGGAAGUCCCACUAGACAUAUCCAAACAAUCUUCUUACUAUGGAGAAGGUAGCUCGAAGUUUGAGAAAGAUUCAGCAGAGGUCCACAUUGUGUUGAACAGUCAUGUCCUACACUGUAAGCUGCUUAACUCAACAAACCCUAGUGAACAACUUAAGAUCACCAGAUCUACUGAUGUAUGAUCAGUAAUACGUACCGCAGAACAUGUACUUGUGACGUAUAGCAAUACAUUAAUAUCGUAGUCCUCCAUUAAGCAGGUAUCUUAUGUUUUACUUCAGUUUGUUCAAAUUUCAUGUAUAAUUAUGCUUGCGAGAGCAAGGCUUGAA